UUUAAAGAGCUCUUUGUGUCAAUCACGCGUUUUUUUCAUCGCCAUAUUGGGUGCCGUGAAGCCUCGCCUUGUUAUUUCUCUUCCCCUUUUUUACUACGACGCGCAGUUGACAGGAGCGGCCAUCGAGAACGCUGCUUUUGUUUUGAUGAUCGUCGCGCGUCUGUGUUUUUCGCUCAUGCGGCGAGUUUGUCUUCACGCCCGUCGCUUUGGAUCGCGUUAACGCAGGAGGGAACGCUCUGUAACAGCUGCUGGGUUUGUGUUUUCGACUUGAACGCCUUAAAAUGUCCAACGUUCGCUUGUCUAACGGCAGCCCGACGCUGGAGCGGAUGGAGGCGCGACUGUCAGAGCAGCCCAAGCCGACGGCGUGUCGGAACCUGUUCGGUCCGGUGGAUCAUGAAGAGCUGAAGAAGGACUUCCAGCGGCAGCUGAAGGCGAUGGAGGACGCGUCGACGGACGCGUGGAACUUCGACUUCUCCACGCACACGCCGCGCGCCGACGGCAGAUACCAGUGGGAAGCGCUGGAUAUUCGCUCGGUGCCCGGUUUCUACAGCAGGUCGGAGCGGGGCAAGGGCUCCGAUCUUCACAUUUGCCCCUCUGGGAAUAAUAGCGACAAUAACGUGGACGUUAACGGCAAUCACGACUGUCGGGUCACGGAGCAGAGCCCGGAGACGCCCGAAAAAGACCGAGAGCAGAGGAAAAGAAGCUCCUGUCUCGACUCGUCGUGUCAAAGCAAACGCUCACACAUCUGCGUGGAAGAAGUGACCCGGACGCCCAGAAAGCCCAGAAAACCCAGAAAACACCCCGGCCCGACUCCCACAUAAACCCCAUGAGGGCUGAAGCUGACGUUGUGGGUUUGAUGACCUCAGUGCUUGCUGAACGAACAAUUUUUUGGGGG